CCGGAACUAGGGACCUUCGGGCGGUGACGUCAUGCGGAAGUCCCUCUCCUGCCACAUGGUGCUGAGCUCCGGGCCCGGACCUUCACGUUGCUGGUGGCUGUAGCCGGUUCAUCAAGGAGGACGGAGACAGCGAUUGAUCAGGAUGGAGUACAUGACAGGACCAGUCACCAGCAGCCAGGGGAACAUCCUCUGUUGCCAGUGUGGUGUUCCAGUCCCUCCAAACCCUGCAAAUAUGUGUGUGGCCUGUUUACGGACACAAGUGGACAUCAGUGAAGGCAUCCCCAAGCAAGUGUCUGUACAUUUCUGCAAACAGUGUGAACGUUAUCUACAACCUCCAGGAACAUGGAUCCAAUGUGCUCUGGAGUCAAGAGAGCUGCUCACCUUGUGUCUCAAAAAACUGAAGGCUUCCUUGAGCAAAGUACGUCUUAUCGAUGCUGGCUUUAUAUGGACUGAACCCCAUUCAAAGAGGCUGAAAGUAAAAUUAACAAUCCAGAAGGAGGUGAUGAAUGGCGCAAUCCUUCAGCAAGUCUUUGUAGUGGACUAUGUGGUAAUGUCACAGAUGUGUGAUGACUGCCAUAGAGUGGAAGCAAAGGAUUUCUGGAAAGCUGUGGUCCAGGUCCGCCAGAAAGUUCUUCAUAAGAAGACAUUCUACUACUUGGAGCAAAUUAUUCUAAAACACAGACUUCACCAAAACACUCUUCGUGUAAAAGAAAUCCACGAUGGACUGGACUUUUACUAUGCUUCCAAGCAAAACGCACUGAAGAUGGUUGAGUUUCUCCAGUGCACAGUGCCAUGCAGGUCAAAAGCUUCCCAGCGGCUCAUUUCUCAUGAUAUCCAUUCAAACUCCUACAAUUACAAGAGCACCUUUUCUGUGGAAAUUGUUCCAAUAUGCAAGGACAAUGUGGUGUGUCUGUCUCCGAAGCUGGCUCAAAGCCUGGGGAACAUGAGUCAGAUCUGUGUGUGUGUUCGGGUAACAAGCGCUAUUCAUCUCAUCGACCCAAAUACCCUGCAAAUUGCUGAAGUCGAUGGGAACACAUACUGGCGACUUCCUUUUCACAGCUUGUUUCAUCCUAAGCAGCUGGAGGAGUUCAUUGUGAUAGACAUAGACGUUGUUAGAGACCGGAAACUAGGAGCAGGAGCUGGAAUAAGAUCAAACAAGCACACCCUCGCGGAAGUUUGGGUUCAGAAAACAUCAGAGAUGAACAAAAACCAGCAGUACCACUGCCGCACCCAUCUGGGGCAUCUGCUGAAUCCAGGAGACCUGGUGCAGGGAUUUGAUUUGGCAAACUGUAAUUUGAAUGAUGAAUUUAUUAACAAGAUGAACGCUCACCAUGUCCCUGACGUGGUUCUAAUCAAGAAGAGUUAUGACCGUUCCAGACGUCAGCGGCGGAGAAACUGGAAGCUGAAAGAGCUAGAAAGAGAAAAGGAAGGCACGGACACAGAUGAUGAAAGGCAAUAUCAAGAUUUCCUUGAAGAUCUAGAGGAAGAUGAAGUUUUGCGGAAAAAUGUCAACAUUUAUAAAAAUGCUAACAUCCCAGUAGAGAGUGACACUGAUGAGGAAGGAGCUCCCAGAAUCAGCCUGGCAGAGAUGUUAGAAGAUCUUCACAUUUCUCCUGAUGCCACCGGUGGGGAAGGGGCAGAAAUGCUGACAGAAUAGACUUGCUUCAAAGCAUCCCGCUGGUGCGUUUCAUAGGAGAGGAUUUAAAAUGUGUCCAAUUUAAUUUUUUCACAAUCUAAAACGUGCUCUCAACCAUAUUUCUCUCUGAACUUGGAUUACUGUACACUAAGCUCUUGUGUUUUCCCUUCCAGCUGCCAAAUAUUAAAAUAACGUGUUUAAGCUG